AUGGCCCGGAGGUACGAUGAGCUGCCCCAUUACCCUGGCAUCACAGAUGGCUCUGCUGCAGCCCUGGCCGGCUUCUCUGAGGCCACGCAGGCCCCGGGACCCUACGGGCCCCACCGACCUCCCCAGCCCCCACCCACAGGGUUGGACAGCGAUGGUUUGAAGAGGGAGAAGGACGAGAUUUAUGGACAUCCCUUGUUUCCCCUACUGGCCCUGGUCUUUGAGAAGUGUGAACUGGCCACGUGCUCGCCCCGAGAUGGGGCAGGAGCUGGGCUGGGCACCCCUCCGGGCGGGGACGUCUGCUCUUCUGACUCCUUCAAUGAGGACAUCGCCGCCUUUGCCAAGCAGGUCCGCUCUGAGAGGCCCCUCUUCUCCUCCAACCCAGAGCUGGACAAUCUGAUGAUACAGGCCAUUCAGGUGCUCCGGUUCCACCUGCUGGAAUUGGAAAAGGUCCAUGACCUGUGCGACAACUUCUGUCACCGCUACAUCACCUGCCUCAAGGGAAAGAUGCCCAUCGACCUGGUCAUCGAGGAUCGGGACGGCGGCUGCAGGGAGGACCUCGAGGACUACCCACCUUCCUGCCCCAGCCUCCCAGACCAGAACAAUACAUGGAUUCGAGACCCUGAGGACAGUGGGUCUGUGCAUUUGGGGACCCCAGGUCCAUCCAGUGGGGGCCUAGCCUCCCAGAGUGGAGAUAACUCCAGCGACCAAGGAGACGGGCUGGAUACAAGCGUAGCCUCCCCCAGCUCUGGAGGGGAGGAUGAAGAGUUGGACCAGGAACGACGUAGGAGCAAGAAGAGAGGCAUCUUCCCCAAGGUGGCCACCAACAUCAUGCGGGCCUGGUUGUUCCAGCAUCUGUCGCACCCGUACCCCUCAGAAGAGCAGAAGAAACAGCUGGCACAAGACACGGGGCUCACCAUCCUGCAAGUCAACAACUGGUUCAUUAACGCCCGGAGACGAAUUGUACAACCAAUGAUUGACCAAUCCAACCGUACAGGGCAAGGUGCAGCCUUCAGCCCCGAAGGCCAGUCCAUGGGGGGCUACACAGAGACUCAGCCACACAUGACCAGCCGGCAACCAGGAUCAAUGGGGAUGAGUUUGAACUUAGAAGGAGAGUGGCAUUAUCUAUAGAUGCUG